AUGUCCACCGGCUCCGCUGCGAGUGAUGCUGAGGAUUAUGUGACGAGGAGGAGGAAGAUCUGCAGGUUUUCAGACGAGGAGGACGAGAGGAGGAUGAAGAGCAAAGUGUCCAAAGGGCAGAAGGACGAGAAGCCAGAGACUCAGAGGAACGCAGCUAACGCCAGAGAGAGGUCCAGGAUGAGGGUCCUGAGCAAAGCGUUCUCCAGACUGAAGACCAGCCUCCCGUGGGUCCCAGCUGACACUAAGCUCUCCAAACUGGACACUCUGCGCCUCGCCUCGAGCUACAUCUCUCACCUGAGGCAGAUUCUGCAGGAGGACCGGCUCCAGAGCUGCGGACAUCCUGUCAACCUGACAUGGCCGUUCCUGAUUGGUCGAUCAGACGACAGUCCGGAUGUCCCGCCCUCUGUCAGACUCUGUGGAGCGACAGCAUAG